UGUCUUCUGACAGCGUCCAUGACCUCCUCGAAGUGACUGGACACCUGUAUGGCCGCUCCAGGUUGGAUUCUAUGACGACAAGAGGAGCGGUAUGCCUGCUCCUGACGAUCUUGACGUCAGGAGGUUCGCUGGCUAGCACAAGGUACUUCGUGAAAAUGCGAACGAACGCGUCCGAGAUGUUUAGAACGAAGGCGGACAACUUGAGGAUUCUUCAGGAUCCGAUAGCGAUCACGCCGAAUCCUCUGUACGAUAACGCGGGGAACGAGCACCAAGCCGAGGACGGGAGAAUGACCAAAGAGAUAUCGAGCGAUCAGUAUAAUCGAAGAAAUUCCUUUGUCGAAUCUUCGACCUUCAAUCCGGACGUGCUCAAUAAGUUUCUCGAGGAAUAUGCGAACAAAGUUAAAACCACUACCGAGAGGAAUUUCAAAUAUCCCUUCAGAAUCGUGAAACCACCCGCGGAACCUCUCGUUCUCGAAAUCGACAGCGAGACCACCGAGACCACGACCAGCCACGAACAGGGCGAGAAAUUUGAUCAGAUCUCAAAUGCUACUUCAACGGAUGAUGCGUUAAGCGAGGCGUUGAACGAUACCUUGAAGAGAAACAAGUACUACGGCACGAACAAUUAUGAAGAUAACAGAAACGGCUGGGUGACGCUGGAAGCAAUUCCGUGGUCUAAGAGCAAAAUUUCCAAGUGGCAGGCCAAUCCCAGCACGCAACGACCUUGGCCAGAGAUAAAGCCAUGGGAUAAACCGAGCAUGAAACCAUGGGCCAGUGACUUUACCAUCAGACCCACUUAUGAAAACAACAUACCGUGGUACGACAAGCCAAAACCCAAUUGGCCCGAGAACAACGAGAAGCCGUGGCAGAAACCAAUUUCACGUCCCCCAUACCGCCCUGACGACGCGUCUAAUCAGGCGCAGAAGUGGCCGCCGGAGAAACCGUCCUGGAACAAGUACGACCCUCAUCGUCCCAACAGCGAUAUCAUCACGGACGACAGACCGUCCAAUUUCCCCAGCAGCACUUGGUCCAGACCGCAGACCGCCUCGUAUCAAUUUAUCGAUAGAUAUUCGGACAAGGACCAAUCGGGUGACGGAAGCAAUUGGCACGAUUACCCGUCCAGAUACGAUCAGGCUCGACCUCGUCCCAGUGUGAUUACCGAGAGGCCGAAUUUCUCGCAUUAUCAGUACGUGGACAAUCAUCCGCCGAGUCAUCCGGCGAGCGGCGACGGCCAGUGGGUCCUCUUAUCGUCGAACCGGGGAUAUGCGAAAUCGAGACAGAGAUCAAUCAAGUUCGACGCGAUAAAUUCAGCAGACCCGUUCAAGAGGGUCAACACGACAGGUCGCGGAAACGGAGGAAAACAAGAUGAAGAUCCUGCAAUAGCUGUGAUGACGUCGAAACGCCAGGUCAGAUUGACGGUGUUGCCAUCGAUCAACGGCACGAACACGACGACGUCCCACGGAGGCCUUCUGGAAGUCGAGAAGACGUUCAAGAGCGUCGAACAGAGCCGCAAGGAGUACGAGAUGGAGAAGCUGUCGACCGUACCGAAUAUCCUGAACAAAAGACCAAUCAGGCAGCACACCCUGAGCACACAACCGUCGAGUUCGGCCGUUUUAGCAGCCGUCGGAGCAGGUAUGCUUCCGGCGACAAUGGCGAUGAUGCUACCGAUAAUGCUGGGUCGUCGAAAGAGAGAUCUGAGACUGAUGGAACACACCCUGAACAACGAUCUCGAAGUGCAUAAGCUCACGAGGGAGUAUAACGUUCAACUAAAGAGACCAGUAGGACCGUAGGAAUUAUGAUAGCAGAAUUCGCGUUCGAAGAACUCAUUAGGAACGAUAGGGUGAACGAUAAGGAACGCAGCGCACGCGCACGAUACAUGCGAAUUACGUUGGGAUGCAGGACAAAACAUUGAGGGUCCAGAAACGGAAAUGGUUCACCCGGAAAUUGAUUUCGCGUCGACUACGCAUCUGUUCCGUGUCAUUAAAUUGAACGACCAAACGGUACAUUAUAUAUAUGACAUGGCAGUAUUAUUGGAACACUUAUACACGUUCUCGUAUUUUUAUAGCGUAUAUUUCUCAAGUCUAUUGAAAAUUAAUUUCAAUUCCGAAUUAUGAAGAGAUAGAGUCUACAUUUUAAUCGCAUGUUGGAUCUGAAGUCAAGUGAUAUAUUUCGCAAACCAUUUUCCAAGAUAUUGCAUUAUAUAUUAAUCAGUUAGACUAUAGACAGCGUAUCAAUACUGAAUACGCUUCUGAAUAACCAAUGUAUCCCUAUUACAGGCGAGUGUAUAAGCACGAUCGAUUUAGAAUACCUGUUGCUGUUCUCGUAGUCACUGGGGUAAAGCGCGAAAUUAAGGGUAAAAAGUUCAUCGUAAUCGCGGUUAAAAGGAAAAAAA